CAGAUUCAUGACUUGCAAGAUUCUCCGUUUAUCAUCCACAGAUACCUAGCUAAAUUUUCCAUCUAAGCCGUUGAUUUCUACAAGGCUCGGUUCCAACAGGAGGAAACACCUCCCCAACUUGCCUUACUCAAGCCAAACUGAAGUCUUCUACUAGUAUUCUCUAGCUCUACUCUUAGGCUCUUAUAUCUACAGGAUGGCCGCACAGAUGAGCCCAGCGAAUGAGGUAUCCGCCCGUGCUGUUGCCGCAGUAGUGGGAUCGCUGGUGGCUGAUUCGGCUGCACAAGGCCUACACUGGGUAUAUGACCUGGAGAAGCUGGAUGCAGCAGUUGGUGGGGAGGACCCAGAGUUCCACUCUCCAUCAGCCUGUCCCUUCUACACUACUGACACCGGCACUAACACUGCAUACGGGGACCAGGCCUUUGUAGUGUUGGAGUCCCUGGCUGAGUGCAAAGAACUGGAUGUCAAUGACUUAAAGCAGAGAUUUUACAAGUUCUUUGGACCAGGCACUGCUUUUGACACAGGAGAUCAAAAGACGCGUCCUAUCAAAGGGCCCUGGAGGAAUGGUAGCAUCAAAGCGUUCCUGGCAAGUAUGGAAGCCAAGAAGGAAGACACCGGGUCAGACACAGACACACAAGCUGAUGGUGCUGCUAAGGUUGCCCCUCUGGUUGCGCUGUAUGCGGGACAACCUGACAUGCUGGCAAAAGUAGAGGCUGCAGUCAAAGUCACACAGAAACACCCCGUUGCACUGUCUGCAGCUCUUGCUAAUGCCAGGAUAUUAGAGGCCUUCAUUUUACACGGAAAACAGGAGGGAGUGAUGGAAGCCUUGAUGGAAGAACUUGGGAAGAAGGAGGGACAGGGUAUCACUGGCCAGGAUGAGACUGUGCUAAAACAAGUUGGGGAAGUUCAGGAACAAAAACCACUGGGAAAACCACACAGGGAGGUUGUCAACAAGGUGUUUGGAAGUAGCUGUGCCUUACCCAAGCAGUUCCAGGCAGCUCUCCACUGUGUGGUCACCCACACGGACUACACAUCUGCAGUACGAGCAGCUAUCUUAGCAGGUGGUGACAACGCCAGUCGGGCUUGCUUCAUUGGAGCUUGUUUUGGUGCCUUGGGUGGACUGGAUGGCAUCCCUACUGAGUGGAAGGAAAAGUGCACCCGGUACCAGACUGUGCUGAACUUGGCACAGAAGCUUGCUGCAGUUCGAGAAAGCUAGAAACAGCGACCACUAUCAGCCAUCAGUGUACCCAUCUAGAUCUAGAAUGUUCCUAUGCUUGUCCAGGUGGUCACUAGGUUGGGUACCAAGUGUUUGAAGGUUUGUGUAAAAGAGACAGACCAAUCCAGAGUUUUUUUCUAAACACGGUUAACGUUGCUAUGCCCUCAUACUCUCAACUAUGUGGGAACAGUUUCUGCCAAAAGCAAUAAACCAGAUUGACCAGGUGGCCAGUUAUCUUCUGUAACUUGCCUGAGCACUCUUUCUGUGUCGAAAAAAUAUUGCAAUCUACACUCUUUGAACACUGGAAAAUGUCUAUAAUAUAUAUUUCUAUAUACAGGAAUAAUUUCAACAAUACCUGAAGAUGACUGUGCUAUAAAAUUAAGAGUCUUGAAGACUAUCAAAGAUUAUAUUUUGGACUAUAAGACAGGAAUGAAUGGCCCAUGGGAAACAGUAGAAUUACUUCCUGUGCAUGAGUAUGCAAUCAUGAAGGUAGUGUGAGUUUGUAGUUGUAAACAAUAUGUUAAACUUUUGAACAAAUAUGAGUCAAGUCCAGUAAUUCUGCGAUGGUCCAUAUGAUGUUGUACAUGCUGAAAAUACGAGCGAUCGCGUUGACGUCACGGUGACGCAGUGGUAGGCAAAAAGAACGUGUUUGGCAAACGAUUGAUUUACAUAUUAACCGGUAAUUUGAUCUGCUAAUUUAAAUGUCAAUUUUUAAUCCAAUCUACUGACGUCCUGGUAGGCAACAACCGCUGAAUACCCCGGAUGUAAACAACAACAGCAAUCGCUCGUAUUCUUGAUGUAUUCAGUAAUUCUAAAAUGAACUGUCAUAAUCUAUAUUUGACCACUUAUGCCUCAUUUGUCUGACCCCUGUCUGAUCUAAAUUUGACUACUGAUGUGUCAUUAUGUCUGAUUUCUGUCUGAUUGUGUGUUCUGAUUUUGUAAGCUUGCACUGAAUAAAGACUGGUGUGCUUUAAAUGGAA